GGUACCAACCUCAAGCUCAGACAAUUAGCCCCAAAGAUAACGAGAGCAGAAAAUUCACUUGAAAAAACGUGUGACUGCACAGGCGAGAGAGAAAGAGGCAGAGAAAAGGUGACAGAGGGAGUAACUGAUGUUGACGGGAAGUCUCUCAGAGAGGCGCUGAGUUAGCCACCUGUGAGCUUCACAUACACUGUAGUGACAGCAGUGAACUGUGAGAGAGGUGGAGGAGCAGGUUGGGUGGUGUAACUUUGUAUAUUCCUGAUGGCUUCUGGUCCUGGCAGCAGAGCGGAGGAGCAGCCACCAGCGCUGCCUAUCAAACAACACAGGAGUCGCUCCUUCAGAGGCUCCAGUGUGGGGUCUGACUGUGAUAUGCUGAGCCCUGUUGGACUCCAGCAUCAAAACUACACAUGCAGCGAUGUUUUCCCUGAACCCACUGAUUGUCAUGCAGCCCAGUGCCCCAUACACCAGCGCUACGAUCCUUCCGGACACCAGGUGAGAUUUUUUUCCGACGGCACCCCACCACCUGUUCCGAAGAAGAGGUUAGCUCGCACCUUCUCCCUCCCUGGCACCAACACACCUUCACUCUCUCCUCUGUCUCCACUGCAAAGACAAGCUCACACCUUUAACAACCCCCUGUACAUGCUGGCACCCAUACCCGACACUUAUUUCCACGAGGAGCCAGACGACUUUAAAGCAGUCAGAGGAAGUCCUGUCCCUUCACCGUCCUUGUCCCAGCUGUCCUUUGACACCCCCGAUGAACACCUGCUCUACCUCUUCAGCGGCUUGGACGACCAGAGGGCUGUCUUUCAGGGGAUUCAGCAUCGCCAUCUACUCUCUCUGAAAAGUAUGGCACAGAGUGUAGAUGCUGGGAUCCUGCUGCAGGGGGAGGCCACAGAGAGAGAUGUCACCUCAUACCACCCUCAGGAUUUCCUGCUGUGUGAGGGCAGCAAGCCAAAGCAGAUCGGAGACGCAGUUUACUACAGCCUGCACAGCCCCAAGCUCCCAGGAAGGGUGCUUGGUUUAAGGGUCCACAAACAGACUGAUGAAGCUUCCUCAGCUCACACCAGACACCAGCCAUCGCAUGUCAACGUGCAAGAUGUUAUUGCUCAUUUCCAACUGAGCAACACCCCGAGGAAUGAUUCCAGCGUGUCACGAGCUCGAGAUCCAUCUCAUCCUUUUAAGCCAGGCUGCACUGCUGCAAAACCACCAGGUGGAGGCAGCACUGAGUAUGAUAAUAUGAACGUUAACCUGCCCUCCGCUCAGUCUUUCAUCAUGAAAGGACACUCAGUGAGUGUUGAGAGAGACCUGCCACAGGCCACAUUAGAGGACUUUGUUCGGGACAGCAGCUCGCUGCAGAGCACAGAUUGUUUGGACUAUGACAGGCAGGUAUGUGUUCUGUUGCUGCAGAUAUUAAAGGGCUCGCAACAUCUGCAUGACAUCAGUACCUCUGCAGCUGAGCUCAGACCUUGGGAGAUCUUUUUAGUGUGGACCAACAGAGAGAAAGAAGAGGGAGGAAACAAGCAGGAACAGGAUGCUUCUGAAAUGAAGACCAGCAGAUUGAAAGAAGAAGUGGAGUGGGGAAAGAUGGAGAAAAAAGGAAAGAUCCAGAUGUUAUGGAGGACACAUGGUCCCCCUCGUGUUGUGUUAACCCCGCUAUCAUCUGCUCUUUCUGUACCUCACUCCCUCGUCUACACCAAAUCCCAAAUUGGAGCCCUAGUUGAAUACUGCCUCCACUCACAGGAGAGCCUGACAUCUCUGGGCUCAGCUCCAACUCUGUCCAAGUCCUCAUACCGAAGGGGGCUUCUUUAUCUGGCCUGCGUGCUCCAGAGUGAGAGCAGCGGACCAACGAUGGCGGACAUGGUGGCCAUGCUUCAGGUGCUCCUCUGGGGGCCACAUGUGCCACUCUUUGAUCACAGACGCCCUAUUACCACCACUGUACACCACUGGCUGACAAUCAAGCGAGCCCUGCUGGUGAUGAAGUUGGCAGAGAGAGGGCUGAUCCAGGAUCAGUCUGGUCUGGAUUGGGAGGACUGUAUGUGCCUGCAGUACCUGUCAUUUACAGACUCUGAGGCAGUUGUGAGCGCGUCCACUCAGCUGUGGCUCACUCUGAAUGCGGACUGACAUUUAUAGUCAAUAUGUGAAAGUCUGUCUUGACAUGCAGUUGUUCAUUUGAUGACACUUGGUUAUUCAGUCCAACAUAGCAAGUUACAAACUGUCAGUCUGCAUUAGUUUCCAUAGCCAAAAAUACACUAAGAAUGUGUGCACUGUUUCCAUCCAUCUGCACAUUUCUCUAUGAUUGAACAUGUGUUUCUGUAAUAUUAGUCAUUAAAGGCCCUGAAAACAUAUUUUCAUGAACAAACUAUUUACUGCUAGUGAACAGUUUUAGUUAAUUUGCACAAAAUAUCUGUAUUCUGCUCUUCUCUGUGCUUUCUGACUGGUUUAAAGUGGGCAAGACUCCUUAAAGAAAAAGGUGACGUCACAUUCCUCCGUCCACCAAUCAGGGUGAAUCUGAUGUCAGUUGCUUGGUUGCCAGGCAACUGUCAAUCAAAUCUCACAGCCCACCUACACUACCGGUGAAACAGAUGAGCAGUUUUUUGAAUAAAUAGCACCAAACUUUGAUUGCUGCUUACUUCUUCCAUGAGUAGUUGUAUUAUACUUUUAAUUGUCAGGCUUUCAAGGCUUUAAAGACCCCCCUCCGAUGAAAAUAAAGUUGUUAACCACCCUAAUUUUGCCAUCUGGCCCUAAUUUCCGCAU